AUACGAGAAUUGGAUAAACAACAAAUCAUUUCAAUUUUCACUUUUUCAGUGUAAAAGACAACGGCUAUUGUAGAGUUAUAAAAGUUUUUUUUUAACAAUUCAACAUUUUUAAUCUAGUCUAAAUUCAUCACAAGGUUUAAUAUUAAUUUUAGAUGUUUAUCCUGUAAUUUGUGUUCGUUGUUGAGUUUAAUAAAUGUCGAUCGGGCACCUAUCUAUAAUUGUAGCUCCACGUUCUGAGACUGAGUUUUUGUAACUAUUAAUAAAAUUAGUAAUAAUGGAAACCGAUGACAAUCAAAGUAUUCCAUUUACCAUAUUAAACAAAUAUCAUGAUCGUAUUGUUCAGGAUAUUCAAGGAGACGUUAUCAUGAUUUUAUUUAAAAAACAAGUGUUGACAGAAAAUGAAUAUCGCAAUAUUAAAUCUGAGAGAAACCGUGAAAAAGAAGCAUGUCGUUUGCUUGAAUUAUUGCCAUCCAAAGGUCGAAAUGGUAUAAAUCAGUUCAUAAACUAUCUGUCAAUACAUUAUUCGUGGAUAGCUGGUCUCUUACAACAUUCCAUAACAAAUAAAUAUAAUUACAUGUUUUCAAAAGAAAUACAGGAGAUUUUAACUGCAGGUGAAGUACCGCAAUUAUCUUCAAGACAUAUAUCACGAGUUGAACAUGUAAAAACAUUAAAAAAACUAUUAAGAGAGUUAGAAGCAAAUAAUUUUAUUAUUGUUAAUGGUAUGACUGGCUGUGGAAAAUCUAGUCUAGUUGUUGAAGUGUUAAAUGAUCCUUUCAUAACAAUGCAAUAUUUUCAGGGAUUUGUGCAAUGGAUAAAUGUUGGACGAGAAAAUUCAUCACAUGCUGAAUGUAUUCAAACUGAAAUAUUAAAUAGAUUAAAUAACCAAGAACAACUUAUUACACCUCCUCUAAUUAUAGAUUAUGAGGCUACGAGAAAAAAAAUUCGACGUUUAUGGAAAGAAAAACAAUUGACUGGUUUAUUGAUUUUGGAUGAUGUAUGUAGUAAUGAAAUAGUAAAAUUCCUGGAUAUCGGGUGUAAAAUAUUAAUAACAACAAAUGAUAUCAGUAUUAUGGAUGGUAUAAUAGAUACUCGAGUAAAAUAUUUAAAAGUAAAUGAAGGGUUUGAAGAAAAGGAGACUUUAAAUUUAUUUUCAAAAUGUUUAAAUGUUGAUUUAAAGUCUUUACCAUCACAUGCGUCAAAACUUCAUAGUAUAUGUAAAGGAUUUCCAUUAACUAUUUCACUUAUUGCUUCACAACUUGAAAUGCACAGAGAAGAAGCCAUUAAUAAUACCGAUCGAUGGGAAUUUUAUUUGAAUAAGUUAUCAGAUAAAACUAGUAAACCUUUUAAAUAUAACUCUCAUAGUCAAAAUCAGUUGAAGAGUCUUGAGAAAACAAUAGAAAUGUGUAUAAAGAGUUUACCAAGUGAUCUUCAAAAGAAUUAUAGAGAUUUUUCUUUAUUUGUAGAUGAUUUGAAUAUUAAACCAGAAGUUUUAUCCAUAUUGUGGAAUAUAAAAAAAACUGAAGUUACAGAUAUUAUGUCAGAAUUAAUGCGAAAAAGUUUAGUAGUUAGGGCUUGGAAUCAACCUUUAAAUAGUUAUGUUUAUUCAAUACAUGAUUUACUUUUAAGUAAUUUAAAAAGAAUGAUGAAUCAUCAAGAAUAUAAGGAAUUGCAUAAAAAAUGUAUUGAUCACUAUAGAAAUUAUUGCAAAGGGAAUUUUGCCAAUCUUCCAAAAAAUGAUAAUUAUAUAUUUUUAUAUUUUGGUUAUCAUCUUAAAAAUGCUGAUAUGCUAGAAGAAUUUCCUAAGUGGUUUUUAAAUUUAAGGUUUAUUGAAUCAAAAAUAUGUGCAACUGGUCCUGCUGAUUUAUUAGCAGAUUUGAAAAAAUACAAAGUAUAUAUUGUUGUAAAGAGUAUUCAUGAAGAAUAUAUUAAAGAAAUUGAAAAUUUUGUUAAACGCUAUGGACCUAACUUAUAUCGAACUAAGUGUGAUAUUGUUCAGCUAGGUCUUCAAGAACCAGAAACAUCUUUUAUAUACAAUGAAUCAUAUAAACUUGCAAAAGCUAGUGGGAAAUUAUAUUUUUUCUACGAUAUUCGACCUUCUCAAAAUUUUCAUCCAGAACCUCAUAUAUCUAUUGUCAGAGAUAAAAUCGAGACAGUUAUUUUUGGAAAUCGACAUGAUGAGGUUUUAAUUGCUACCAAUAGUGGAAGUAUAAAAUUAUGGAAUAUUAUCUCUGAUAGAUGUUUAUAUACUUAUAAUGGUCAUACCAAAAGAGUUACUCAUUUGGCUAAAAAUAAAUUGAAAAAUCUCUUUUUGUCAACAUCUGAUGAUUCAACAAUACGUAUUUGGAAUAUGAACAGUUUCCCUGAAUCUGAAAAUUCUCAAACACGUACACCAUCACCCGAAACUAGGCAAGAACAUUGGCAGAAUGUUUUUCGUCAAGAUUUUAAAAGACCUAUUGAAAAUACAAAUGCUGACUGUAUUUAUGUGUUGGAACAUGAUUCACCUGUUAUUUUUGCACAAUUUUCUCCAAAUGAUAGACUAGUUGUUUCUUCCUCGACAGAUAAAACUUUAAAGAUUUGGAAAUUGAAUGACGACAAUUAUAAAAUUCAAAAGUCAAUUAUGCAAAAUAAUAUCAUCAAUAGAUGUUAUUUUGUGGAAAAUAAAACAUGUGAUAGUGAUAAAAUACUAUUUUCAACAUUUGGUUCAAUUGUAUCUAGUGGCAUUUAUGGAUGUGAAUUUCCUUUUGACCAUUGUACUGGAUUAUUGUACUUUAAAGAAAAAUUGUUAUCAUUUUUCCAUCUUCCUAGUUCAGAAGGACAAGAUAAAAUGCUAGUUAUGACACCAACUUUAUUGCAAAGUUACGACUUUAAUUGGGAAAAUGAUAAGAAAACUACACCACCAUUAGUCUACCCAAAACCAAUAGGCUACCGGCAAUACAAAUUAAUUUCUAUUUCUGAGGAGAAUACAAAUAAUUUUUCUCGGUAUAUAGCAUUCAGUUUAAGUAACAGUACAAUCAAAAUUUGUGAUUUAUCCAAUGGGUACAAUUUUUUGGAUUUGUAUAAUUCUAAUGAAGGUAUAUCAAAUUUGGACUGGUUUUGGUCUAAAACAGAUCAGAGUUUUUGGUUACUUAGUGCUGCUAACAAAUCUAUUAGAUUGUGGUGUUUAAAAGAUAUUAAACAAUAUGCUUGUGCUCAUAGAACAAUUUCUACAAAUCAAUCCAACAGUAAUAUUGAAAAUAUGUGCAAAAAUGAAAUGUUAUCUAUUCAAAAUUAUAAAUUAUUUUCUGAAGAACAAAAUUUAUAUUGUUACAAACUUCAACGAAAUUUUGAUGCUGUAUGGCUGGAUAAUGAUUCUGUAUUAGUUGCAGCUGUUACUAAAUGUGGGACAUUAAAGAUACUCUUUGAAGGCUUGGAUCAAUGGUCAAUGAUUAAUGAAAGUGUUUUAGCUUUGACAAUAGUACAUCCACAUCAAUUUUUUGAUCAAACAAUGAUAAUUGUUGCAUGUAAAAAUUUAUCCGUGUAUUGUAUGAAAUUUCAAAAAGCAGAAUAUUUAUUUAAAACUUCACAAAUGGUAGAUCAAAUUUUUGCUUGUUUUGACCAUGGUGAUUUGACCAUAGCAUUUUUGUUAAAACAAUGUAUAAAAGUAAAUGAAAAAAAAAUUGAUCAAGCGAUAGAGAUUUGGUCAAAUAAAAAGAAGUAUGAAGUGUUUGUUCACGAUUUUAUUAAUUGUUUUUUAUUUCAUGAUAAAGUUAUUUUGCUGUACAACGUUCAUGGAAUUUAUAUAUUAAAUCUAUGUGAUGAAUCUAAAAUAAAAUUGGAAAUUAAUUGUAUUAAAAUAAAUGGAAGCUUGAUGCUUGAUUCAUCAAACUUAGCUGUGGUUGACAAUGGCAAUUAUUUAAAAAUAUAUCAAUUAACCUCUGAUUUUUGUUUAAAUCUAAUUGACCAGUAUCCAUUACCAUUCUUAGAAUAUGAGGUCACACCCAUUAGUAUAUCUAACAACAAGAAGUUAAUUGCUAUUGGUGGACAAAAACAUAUUGUUUUAAUUGACAACACAUUAAAAACUAGAAAAUGUUAUAAAAUUGGUUCAAAUGUGAAUAAUAUACAAUCAAUGGUUUGGUCUUCAGAUAAUACACGGAUAGCUAUAAAAGAAGACAAUCAAAUUAUUACACUUGAUGUUGAGUCUGGUAAAAUAUUAGCAAGUGUGAGAUUAACAGUUGAUAAGUUUUUUGUCAAUUCUGUAUUAAAUAAAUAUAUUGCAGUAAAUACCACUGGGCAGUUAGUAAAGUUGAACUUAUAUAGUGGUAGUUAAAACAAUAAUUUGACUUUCAGUAUUUAAGUAUUAUUAGACAUUUAAAUACUUAAUAAAUUUAAACACUUAAAUACAUUGAUAUCUUUCUCAAAAAGUGUACAAUUUAUGUAUGUAAAUUAAUUUAAUACUAAAAAAUUGUCUGGUUACUCAAUGAAUGUAUCAAAAAUUAAUAAUAAACACAUAACAGAGCCAUCACAUGAAAUGUGUGUGUAUAUAUUGUUUUACUUAGUCUCAAAAUGGUGCUAUAAAUGUGUACAAUUGGAUAAUACGCUAAUACAUAAUUUUAAAAUAUAAUUAUUAUGUAAUUUUCCAUUAAAUGUAAUGAUUUGAUUUUCGACAGUUUUCCUAUUACUUUGAUAGAGUAGUUUUAAAAAUAUUCUUGUAUAUUUUUUUCAAAUAGUUUUUAUUUUCUUAUAAACAUAUUAAAUUAUUUUUGAAAUAAUAAUUAUGGCAUCUUAAAAGAUUUUUUAAUUUUGAAUAUAACUUGCCCAAGAAACGAUUUAGAGACAAUAAAAUAUUAUUUGCGAUUUUUUAAUUGACUGAUCCAAAAAUAUAAUUUUUAAUUUUGUCAAAACUAUAAAAUAAUUUAAAUAUAUUGUAAUCUAAAAUUUUUACCAGUAUUACCUUAUUUUAUUGUUAACAUCACACUUGCUAGUUGCUAUGUACUUAUUUAGGCAUUUAAAACUUUAAAAGUACAAAAUAAUAGUACAAUUGAAAUAGUUUGUUAAUGCAAACUUUAAAUAUACUUAUAAUAGAUAUUUUUUUAUCUAAACAUUAUAUAGUUAAUUUUUAUACAUAAUUAUGUUUGUAAUCAAUGAUCUUUUUUAAAUGUAUUUAUAUUUUUGCGAACAAAUUAUGAUUGUUUAAAAACAAUUUUAAAGUACAAAUUUAAAGUACAUUUAGAAAAUGUGAUAUUUAUGUUAAUAUUCUCUACUGCUAUUGACUAUUAUAUCGAAAAACUAUAUUUUAAUCCUGGCUAAAACUUAUUGUUGAAUAAUAUUUUUGAUACUUUUUGUUAUUUUAUUAUUUAUAUUUUGCAGCAUUGUAAAAUGUCUUACAAGGAUUUACUAAUUUAAAAUUACUGGAUAAUUUAGUUUUCUAUUUAUCUCAUAUCAUUUAAAAUCAUUGAAUGUUUGUUGGAUAUAAUUAUAAGCAUAUAACUUAUAAGAUGAUAGAUGAUAGUGUUUACUGACUAAUGUUUAAUCUUGUUCAAUACAAUGUUAUAAGUAUACAAUUUUUUGUACUUUUGUAUUUGAUUAAAUAUUUCUAUAUUUUUAUUUUUACUGUUAGUAUGAAUUAUAUUUGAAAAACAUUAAUUUAUUUGUAAUAUUUCAUAUUUGUAAUAUAUAUUUAUAUUUGCUCAAA